CACUUCAAACAGUAACGUAAAACAUCAUCAGAAUUAGUAACGGAUGUUUAGUUAAGUACAAGCUAAAAAGAAGCCAAGAUAUCUGACAUAUCAGUUACAUGGUUUGUAGACGUAGGGAUGAUUGAAACGAGGAUUGAAAGUUCCUAUAUAUCUGGCAAUUUUGAUAAAUUAAGUUUAAAAUAUUAGAAGAUGAAACGAUAGGAGUUUCUUAAAUAAUCCAGCUAUUAAAGCGAUUUGUAUAAGUAACCGGUCAAGUUAAUACUGCGGCCUGCAUACAUGGUAUAUAAGUGAUUGAAGAUAGUUGUAACUCAUCCUUUAAAGAAUAGUUGUAUUGUAUUAUAACCUUGCACCUGAAGAAGUAAAAAUGUCGGUCGUAGAGAAAGUAGAAUUGCAGAUCCAACCAAAUGACAGUAAAGAACAGGAUGUGACCGUGGUUGACAGCUAUAAACCAGUGUAUGGCGUAGAAGAUGUUCCACCAUGGUAUCUCUGUAUAUUAUUAGGAUUCCAGCACUACUUAACAGCUUUUGGAUCAACUAUAACAGUUCCAUUUGUUCUGUAUCAAGCAUUAUGUAUCGGUGAAGACGGUGUUGGACUCAGUCAGCUUAUCAAUACGAUAUUCUUUAUGUCUGGGUUGAGUACCCUCUUACAAACCACAUUUGGUAUAAGGUUGCCUAUAAUUCAGGGAGCUACAUUUGCGUUUUUGGCUCCCACCACAGCUAUACUUGAACAAAUGGGAGAAUGCUCUAUGAUAAAAGACAACAACGUGACCAUAGCUGUUGGUAGUGAUGAGCACAGAGAAAUCUGGCAUGGGCGAUUGAGAGAAGUUCAGGGUGCUAUAAUGAUUGCCUCUUUGACACAAAUUAUAAUUGGUUUCAGUGGAGUCAUGGGUCUUUUACUACCUCAUAUUGGUCCUUUGGCCAUUGCUCCAACCAUUAGUUUGAUCGGAUUAGCAUUAUUUCCAGCAGCAUAUGACUUUGCCUCCACUCAGUGGUACAUUGCUCUUACGACGGUAUUUUUCAUAACCCUGUUUUCCCAGUACUUGCAGAAUGUUAGUAUUCCUAUCUUUAACUAUAACAGACAAAAUGGUUGUAAGAAGCAAAAACUGUUCAUCUUCAAACUAUUUCCGGUGUUGUUGGCCAUGCUCCUUUCUUGGUUAUUGUGUUACAUUUUGACAGUGACAAAUGUUCUAACUGAUGAUGUGAACGGAUGGGGAUACUUAGCUCGAACAGAUACUAAUCCUGGUGUCCUUUCAGAUGCACAAUGGUUUAGAUUCCCUUAUCCAGGCCAAUGGGGAACUCCAACGGCUAGUGUUGCAGGAGUAUUUGGAAUGCUUGCUGGUGUAUUGGCAUCUAUGAUAGAAUCAGUAGGAGACUAUUAUGCAUGUGCAAAGAUAUCAGGCGCACGACCACCACCAGUGCAUGCAAUAAAUAGAGGUAUUGGCAUGGAAGGAAUAGCCUGUGUAUUAGCAGGUGCUUGGGGAUCUGGUAAUGGAACUACGUCAUAUAGUGAGAAUAUAGGAGCAAUUGGCAUUACAAAGGUAGGAAGCAGGAGAGUUGUCCAAGUAGGUGGAAUAAUUAUGAUUUUGUUGGGAUGCCUUGGGAAAUUUGGAGCAUUGUUUGUAACUAUUCCCAAGCCUGUUGUAGGGGGAAUGUUUCUUGUUAUGUUUGGUAUGAUUACAGCUGUUGGUCUGUCUAACUUACAGUAUGUCGACAUGAGAUCUUCAAGAAACAUAUUUAUCUUGGGAGUUUCCUUAUUUUUUGGAUUAUGCUUUCCAUCAUGGAUGUCCGCAAACCAAGAUAAGAUUAACACAGGUAGUGAAAUCUUUGACCAAAUAUUAGCAGUUUUACUUAGUACAAGUAUGUUUGUUGGUGGGGUUGUUGGUUUUGUGUUGGACGUAACAAUUCCAGGUACAGUUGAAGAAAGAGGAAUCCAUAAGAUGAGAAAGCAUGAUGUUGAUGUAGAUGAUUCGAAACGUGACCCAACAUACGAUCUUCCUUUUAUUCAACCAUUUUUGGAUAAAAUCUCAUUUCUGAGACACUUACCAUUCUGUCCAACAUAUACACCUUUACAAUGCAACUGUCGCAAAAACAAUUUAAAGAAGGAAAAGAUUGAAACUCAAACAGACGGCAUAGAUAAUGUCACAUGUGAAAAACUUUGAUUAAGUUUUUAUCUCUAUUUUAAAAUUCAAAUCAUGCUGAUGGACAAUACUGGUUUAAGGCUGAAUAUUCGAUUAGAAAACAAAAGCUAUGUAUAGUUAGAGAAAAGGCAAAGAAGAGGAUACGAUAAGGAUCUUACUUGCAUUUUAUUUUACUGCAUUGUUACGAGGUGAAACAUUUGCAUGUGUGACUAUUCUAAAGUUGAAACGAUGCAAAUCUAAACCAAAUACAUAAAGUGUAAGUUCCACGAUUUUAUGAAUUAAUUGUUUUGGCGAUUUUUGCAUGAUUUUGCAAAUAUAAUAAUGGGAGCGAAAGUCAAUUAUUUAGUAUAGUUUGAUCAAUUGUAACAGCAUCUAUUUUUGUAAAUAUUAUAUUACUUGCUAUGGUUAGUAACUCAACAAAUAUGUAAUCAAAUUAUUGAUAAGUAUCCUUAUGUUGAUUCCGUUGUUGUACCUUGGUUGUGAAAUACCAGGAAGUAAAAUAAGGUUCUAAAUUCAUCCAUCACUUCGAAAACUGUCAUCAACGUGUUUAUAAUGAGCAUAACGUAUUAAAGAUGUAUUUAACUUUUAUUUUAUAUGCAUGAUAACAUAUCACUAAUAAACUAUAUCAUCAAAACUAUA